AUGGAUUCUUCAAUUAAUGUUCCUCGAUGGACACCAAACCCAAGUCCAUCAAAAUCAUUACUAAAAGAGGCCGAGACAAGUGCAGGAUUUGAUGAUGAUAUAGAGAUGCAAAGCAUAGCUUCUGGAGAAGAAGAUGGCAGGUCGACAUGUACCACAGACAAAACGUUAUUCCCAUUUAGCAUUGCUCAUGACUUCGCUAUUUCUAGUGCUCCCCACGUAGAGAUUCAUGAAGCAUCAUCUCUAAACUCCCAAGUUACACAAACGUUGGCGAUAGAACAAGAAAAUCACUUUGCAUUCAAGGAAGUUGAUUUUGUGUCAAAUAGAGAUCUAGGUCUUUUCUUGACAUGGAAGGAACUGUUGGUUACAGUGCCUGAUGGAAAAAGUGGCCGCCGGCCGAUACUUGAGGGGCUAACUGGGUACGCUGAACCGGGAAAGAUGCUGGCUAUCAUGGGUCCUUCUGGCUGCGGCAAGUCAACUCUUUUGGAUUCUUUGGCAGGAAGGUUAAGUUCAAAUACGCAGCAAACUGGGGAGAUCUUGAUAAACGGACGCAAAGAAACACUUGCUUUUGGAACAUCGGCUUAUGUGACUCAGGAUGACACCUUAAUGACAACACUGACAGUAAGGGAAGCAGUAUACUACUCAGCGCAACUCCAACUGCCUGAUUCAAUGUCAAGAUCUGAGAAGAAAGAAAGGGCUGAGAUAACUAUAAGGGAGAUGGGCUUGCAAGACUCCAUGGACACAAGAAUAGGAGGGUGGAGCAUAAAAGGCCUUAGUGGUGGACAAAAGAGAAGGGUUAGCAUUUGUAUUGAAAUAUUGACGCGCCCAAAGCUUCUUUUCCUUGACGAGCCAACUAGUGGACUAGACAGUGCAGCAUCUUUCCAUGUCAUGAGCAGAAUCGUCAAGCUAGCUCGUCAAGAUGGAAGGACUGUUAUUGCAUCAAUCCAUCAACCAAGCAGUGAAGUUUUUGAGCUCUUCAGCAAUCUUUGCCUCCUUUCUACAGGCAUAACAAUUUAUUUUGGUCCUGUUUCAAUGGCAGAGGAGUUGUUUGCUUCAAAUGGCUUCCCAUGCCCAACUCUGAGAAACCCAUCUGAUCACUACCUUAGAAUUAUCAACAAGGACUUUGAUGUAGACAUUGGGCAACCUGGUGGCACGAUAAGGACUGAGGAAGUCAUUAAUAUUCUCGUCAAGUCAUAUAAGUCAUCCAGGACUUUCCAGAAAGUUCAACAAUUGGUAUCUAAGAUAUACCAACAGAAAGGAGGAACUUUGGAGAGGAAGGGAAGCCACACAAAUUUCAUAACCCAGUGCCUAGUUCUAACAAGGAGAUCCUUUGUGAACAUGUAUCGUGAUUUAGGCUAUUAUUGGCUUCGUCUUGCUAUCUAUAUUGCAUUGUGUUUAUGUGUCGGGACUAUCUUCUAUGAUGUUGGAUUCUCCUUUGGCUCCAUUCAGGCAAGAGGUUCAAUGCUGAUGUUUGUUGCGGCUUUUCUGACUUUUAUGGCAAUUGGUGGAUUCCCUUCUUUUGUAGAGGACAUGAAGAUCUUUGGGCGUGAAAGAUUGAAUGGGCACUAUGGAGUUGGAGCAUAUGUGAUUGGAAACACGUUGUCUUCCAUUCCUUACUUGCUUAUCAUCUCAUUAAUUCCUGGAGCAAUAGCUUAUUUCCUUGUUGGCCUUCAAAAGAGUUUUGAACACUUUGUCUACUUUGCAUUGGUCCUCUUUGUGUGCAUGAUGUUGGUUGAAAGCCUAAUGAUGAUCGUUGCGAGUAUAGUGCCAGAUUUCCUCAUGGGCAUCAUUACUGGAGCUGGAAUACAAGGCGUGAUGAUGCUAAAUGGAGGUUUCUUUCGACUACCAAAUGAUCUUCCUAAACCUUUUUGGAGAUACCCAAUGUACUAUAUUGCAUUCCAUAAGUAUGCCAACCAAGGAUUCUACAAGAAUGAGUUUGAAGGAUUAACAUUUCCUAAUAACCAAGUCGGUGGUUCACCUUCCAUUACUGGUGAAGAAAUCUUGCGAAAUACUUGGCAGGUAGAAAUGGGCUACUCCAAGUGGAUUGAUCUUGCUAUCUUGUUGGGGAUGGUGGUUUUAUAUCGGCUUAUGUUUUUGGGCAUUGUAAAGGUUGUCGAAAAGGUUAAGCCGAUUGUUAAAGCUCUUUGAUCUGGACCUUCCAAGCAUUCGAAAUAGAUCGCAAAGAACACUUAGCUAAUAUUCAAUCCUUCACUUCAGGGGUUGAACCGAGAAUUUCUGUU